GCAAGGCGCCCCGCUCCGCCCCGCUGCAGGCCGGUAGGUGGGCACGGCCGGGUUCCGCUCCUGCCUACGGCCAGCCCCAUAGCCAGCCCCAUAGCCAGCCCCACGGCUGCUUUCCCAGCUCAUCCUGCGUGUCACUUCUUGGCUUGGGGUUCGGGCAGGUCCUCCCGCGGCAAACAAAUAUCCUUGUUAUUAUCUGCCUCCCCCCCCAGCCGCGUUUAGAACGACUCCCCCCUCCCCCCAGUUUAUUUUCCGGUUUUCAGCAUGGCCGUGGAUUGGAUCGGGUUCGGCUACGCCGCUCUGGUGACAUCGGGAGGGCUCAUUGGCUACGCUAAAGCAGGCAGUGUUCCAUCGCUGGCUGCUGGGCUGCUCUUUGGAAGUCUGGCUGGACUGGGUGCCUAUCAGCUCUCCCAGAAUCCAAGCAAUGUUUGGAUUUCUCUGAUUACAUCUGGAACACUGACUGCCGUAAUGGGAACGAGGUUUUACAACUCUGGAAAGUUCAUGCCUGCAGGGCUGAUUGCUGGUGUCAGUUUGCUGAUGGUUGGAAGAUUAGCACUGAAGAUGGUGGAGAAGCCCCAUGAAAAGUAAUUGCUCAUUUUACUGCUUAUCAUCUGCAUGAAGAAACCUGAUAAUGACACUGUGAACACAGAAGCAAGAAAAUGAGGAUGGAUAGUUACAUAUGAAGUGCCAUUUAUUUCAAGAAUCUGGUAGAGCUCUUACUGUGCAGUGAGAAUUUGGUCCUGGUUGUUUUUUUGAAACACAUUUCAAUGUAUUUUGAUACUUUUGAUUUUUAUAUCCCAAAAUAUACUGAUGACAUAUAUGAAGUAGAGUGGAUCUGUAAUUAGGCAAGCAACCAUGCAGUGUCACCAGAAAUAACUGGCUGAAUACAGCACUGUAUCUCAUAACUUUUAUACCAAGUACUACAGUAUGCUUUACCUGCUGUAUCCUGAGUUGAUAUAUCAUGUCUAUGUAAACCAAACAAAUCUUUUUAUUGUGAAAUGAUGCUGAAAUGUUGCUUUUCUACAAGUAAAACCUGUUACAAACAUUCA